GUCGGGUCGGCUGGGGACGCUGCCUGUCUACCUGCCUGCAGCGGCGCGUGGGCUCCGACCUGUAAUCUGUUACGCCUACAAAAGUAAUCUCAUUACUCGUGGCGUUUUGUGACAUUACGCGUUACAUUAGACAUAUUCCCGCCAAAAAAUUAGAAUUCCUUGCUUAUUUUAUGAUAGAUUCAGAAAUUUAAAUUUAAAGCAUUUUGGAAUUUAUUAUAAAGAUGCAUUUUAAAUAAAAGGAUGCAUUGUGAAUAUCUCAGUGUUAAACUUUCUUGCUGAAGAUGAAAAAAAACUCUUUACUUUGGUGACAGAUUAAUUUGAAAGUUGCAUUUUAAUAAAGUUAUUGGACAUGCAUCAGUCUAAUCAUUCACAGAUGUGGCUGAAAUGACAGUAGAUAAGGUGCUCAUUUGCUCCACUGCUGCCAAAAGUAAAGACAGUGCUGGCAGCCUCUUGACCUGUCUGUCUACCUGUCUGUCUGUCUACCUGUCUGUCUGUCUGGCCGAUCGGUAGCUCUGCGAUCUGUCUGCACCCCCUGGGAGAAUUUAAAAAAGCACACAAAAAAGAAAGAAAAGCCCCCUCCAUGGCUCCUCCGCGUCACCCUCCUCGAUAGCUCUGCGCUCCUCUACCCUCGGCUGCAUGUGUGUUUGAGUGCGUGCACGCCCGCCUGCCCGCGCGUGUGCACGUGUCAGUAUGCAUGUGUAUGCAUGGAUUGUGUGCGUGCUGGUUCACAGUGAAUGACUGUCUGUAGCGUGGCGGAGGGAGACAUCAGACCGCUUCUUCUUCUUCUGCACCUCCAUUGAAACACUUUGCAGCGGAACACAGCCGAGGGACCCUGUGGUGCUGGGCAGAGCGUUAUGGCUCAGACGCUGCAGAUGGCGAUCCCUAACUUCGGCAACAACGUCUUGGAGUGUCUGAAUGAACAGCGGCUGCAGGGCCUCUACUGUGAUGUCUCCGUGGUCGUCAAGGGACACGCCUUCAAGGCCCACCGUGCAGUGCUGGCAGCCAGCAGCUCCUACUUCCGGGAUCUGUUCAACGCCGGGGGGAAGAGCUCAGUGGUUGAGCUGCCCCCGGCUGUUCAGCCACAGAGCUUCCAGCAGAUCCUGGCCUUCUGCUACACAGGACGCCUCAGCAUGAAUGUUGGAGACCAGUUUCUGCUCAUGUACACCGCUGGCUUCCUCCAGAUCCAACAGAUCAUGGAGAAAGGCACAGAGUUUUUCCUCAAGGUCUCCUCUCCAAGCUGCGACUCCCAGGGUCUCCACACCGAGGAGACCCCGCCCUCCGAGCCUCAGAGCCCCGUCACUCAAACGGUGGGAGGGGGUGGGGUCGGAAUCGUUGCGGCAACAGUCGGGAGGCCCGCCUCCUGUCUGACGCCGCUGCCCCUGGUGUCCAAAGUGAAGACUGAACAGACAGCCACCACACCUCAGCCAACGCUACAGCCGCAGCAGCAGGAGGGCUCUCCCUACUCUGUGGUCUGCACCCCCGUGGCCAAGCGACUAUGGGAGGGGGGCAACCGUGAUGGGGGCGGGGGAUCUGGAGGGGGUGGGGGAGGCGGAAUGAGGAAGGCUGCACGCUACUCUUCCUCUUCCUCUUCCUCCUGCUCUUCCAACACAGUUACCCAGGAUGCCUCUGGGCGCGGACACGCAGCCAACACGGCUGUGGUGGGCGGCACCACCGCAGUGGGAGGAGGUGGACUCAACAGUAACCAUAACAACAACAACAACAACAAUGGCGGGACCCCCGAGGGCACGAGCCCGGGCACGCUGAGCAUGUACACCAGCGACUCGCCCAUCAGCUACCACGACGACGAGGAAGAGGACGACAUAGCGGACGACAGCACCGAAGAGCAGUACAGACAGAUCUGCAACAUGUACACCAUGUACAGCAUGCUGAACGCCGGGGCAGCAGUGGUCGGGGAGCGGGUGGAGGCUCUACCAGACUUGGCCACAGACUCGGGGGGCGGUCGAGGGGGCAGAGGGGGGCGGUCCCGGCAGGACCUGGCAUCGCUGCCCGCCGAGCUCAUCAGCCAGAUCGGGAACCGCUGCCACCCGAAGCUGUACGAGGAGGGCGACCCGGCCGAGAAGCUGGAGCUUGUGAGCGGCACCUCGGUGUUCAUCUCCCGCGCCCAGCUCAUGAACUGCCACGUCAGCGCCGGCACACGCCACAAAGUGCUGCUCAGACGCCUGCUGGCCGCAUUCUUCGACAGGAGCACUCUAGCUAACAGCUGUGGAACUGGGAUCCGCUCCUCAACCAACGACCCCAGCCGUAAACCUCUGGACAACAGAGUGCUGCACGCUGUCAAAUUCUACUGCCAGAACUUUGCGCCGAGUUUCAAAGAGAGCGAGAUGAACGCCAUCGCAGCUGACAUGUGCACCAACGCCCGCCGCGUCGUCCGCAAGAGCUGGAUCCCCAAGCUUAAACUGCUGAUGGCCGACAGCGAUGCCUACUCCGCCUUCCUGGCUGACAGCGUGAAGAUGGAGGCAGACGCGCUGGGGGCGGAGCCAGGUUUUGACCCUGCCUCGUUGGAAGCUGCGGCAGCAGCGGCCGCCAACAAUAAUGAGGCAGGAAGCGGAGCGACGGCAGCGGAAGCCCUCCAGGGGGCAGGAGGAGAUGGCAGCACUUUGUUUUGAGUGAGUGAACGGACAGAUUGAUGGAAGGAGGAUGGAUUUCUCCGGGGUGAUGAGUAGACAACGAUGGCCGCUGUGGUCUUGAUGACAGUAGCUGCCACACAUUUGGGAAUCUGUUUGUUCUCUUACACCUCUGUUGGUCAGUUUGUUCGGCUUUCCUUCUUUUGUUUGUGUCCCUUCCUGUCUCGCUCUGCAGCAAAAUGAACCAUUUCGGGUUGUUCCUUGUUGCUCUUCUUCUGGUGGAGAGAGAGAGGAAGAAAUACGUAGCAGAGUGAAGAGGUUAGUCCCCCCCACCUCUUCACUCCUCUGCAACCUUUAAAGACCUGAUUGUUUCAGCCUCUAUGUUUUUUAAAGUGUGUACUGUCACUACGGCCCUUUUCUUACCAUAAUCAAUCACAGACAUUCCCUGGGGAGGGGGGGGGGGUAACCCUGUUUGGAGGAAGUGAUAUUUCUUUCCCCAAACUCCGGUAACACUGUUGUUUUGAUAUUGAAUGUAUGUGUGGCAAAGCAUUCGGAGUGCAGCGUUGUUAGCCUUUUUUCUGUGUUUUGUUUUGCUCUAUUUCAUCUGGACGGACAGAUGAAAGCGUCUCUGAGAGUGUGGCGUUGAUGAGGUCAGGAGUUGAAAAGGAAUAUUAAUAUGUAUAUUGGCAUGGUUUAUGAUCUUGACCUCAGCCUGAGCUCACCAACCCUGCUCUGGAAGCCCUGACCACCAGUCUGUAGAGGAAUGCUGCUCAUUUCAGACGUGGAAAGCAGCAUUUUGAUCAACUGGUGAGUGUUCAGGUUUGUUUGCCAGUUUAGUGGCAGAUGAGAAAAUUUGCUUGACUAAUACCUUUUUCCCCCGAACCUCCCCCACUUUUGACCUUUAAAAAAUCAGUUUGUUUACUUUUUCUGUUAUUUUUUUUUCCUUUGUAUGUGAUUUUUUUUUGCCAAGGCUCCUGAGGGAGAGGAAACUUGUUACCGAUGAUUGUCAAAGAGUUUGCGCGUGAUAAAUGCACUGUGUUAUUUCCUGCGGUAUGAGUACAAUCGAACUAAGUUUUUGUACGUAUCAGAAAGAGAAGAGGGGUGGUGUUAUUUUAAAAAAAUGCGAAAAAGGAGAAAAAAAUACUAGCUGAAAUCAAAUUUAUAUCUCUGCUUAACGCCAAUUUUUUUUUUUAAAUCUGAAGGAAAGUCAAGAAUUGCCUAAAAGCGAGUUUCUGCCUGUGAGCUUAAUAACAAGGUGUGUGUUUGUGUGUGUGUGAGGAUGUAGCGGUGAUGUUCUUUUCAUUUCAGCUCAUGUUUAAAUUGAUUUCCCUGAGAAUACUCAUUGCCAUGCCGUUAACAGCGCAGGCUUCCUCGGGCUCGGCUGCCUGGGUUUGUGCUCGCCUGGCAUGGACAAAGGCGCUAAUUCAGGCGGUGGUACAUGGCAAGGAGUGCAGCUCUGCGUGUGUGUGUGUGUGUGUGUAGGUGUGUAGGUGUGCGUUUGAAUGGCCAUACAGUAUGUGUGCAUGCUGCAGCAGAGAGCGAGAGAGAGGCCAGACGGC